AGCGAAUAACAACGCAAAGCAAAUGCAAGAAUAACAGCUGAUUUUCACUUAACUCGCUAGCGCAGGCAGUUUUAAGCAGUAUUAUCAACAGAGUGACGCUUGUUGGUAGAUGUGUUUGUUUCGGUGACAUAAAACGAUGUCCAAAUCCCUGCUCCGUUCAUUAAAAACCCGCAUACAAAACACACAACGCGGCCUGAGCAUAGGCCAAAGACGAAUAGCGCCCAAAAUGGAACCACGCUACGAUUAUAAUCGCAAAUGGACGAUGCCUGCUGCUGUCAAGUUAAAGGCUACAACAGAAAACCAAGCUGCAGCGAGUGGAACUACAACCACAUUCAAACUGAUUUCAUACAAUAUUCUCGCACAGGAUUUGUUAAUGGAACACAUGCAUUUAUAUCUGGACCGACCACAAGAACUGCUAACAUGGCACUCCCGACUGCAAAAACUACAGCGCGAGAUUAUCAAACUGGAUGCGGACAUUCUGUGUCUCCAGGAGAUGCAACACAAUCAUCUGCCGCUGCUGGUGCAACGGCUAACAGCCAGCAGUGGCAAGCGUCUGGAGUACGUAUUCAAGAAGAAGACAGGCAAACGCACUGACGGUUGUGCCAUCAUCUAUGAUUCGUACAAAUUCAAGUUGUUACAUCAACGGGCCGUGGAGCUGUACGAUGCAAGCGUACCUCUGCUGGAUCGCGACAAUGUGGCGCUGUUGGCCAAGUUCCGGCUGAAGCAAUCAGAGGAACCCAAGGAAGUGAUUGUGGCCACAACACAUCUGCUGUUCAAUCCGAGACGCAGCGAUGUGCGCUGUGCCCAGGUCACCAAGCUACUGAACGAGUUGCGUCACUUUGCAACCAACUCCACUACUGACAAAACCACGCCCGUUAUUCUCACUGGUGACUUCAAUUCCGAAAUAGAAUCUUCACCCAUGUAUUUGGCCCAAGCCCAAGGCACCGAACCCUCUGCGCUCAACUUUAAGAUACUCGAUCCGGGAGAUUUCACGGCCUCAACGUUUCAGGACGCCUGGAUCACUGUCGACUACAUUAUGCACUCGGAUGCGCCGCAAGCGAAGCACAAGCUCCAGGUGAUCAGCGUCUAUUUGCUGCCCAAAAUUGGCACCUGCGCCAACGCCGGCAACAUACCAAAUUACUACCUCGGCUCAGAUCAUUACUCCUUGGGUGCGGUCUUUGCCAUCGUUUAAGUAUUUGUAAAUUAAAGCGUUAAAGUAAACUUACC